AUGGAUGAUGUUGCAGUGCUUGAAAAGAAAGGCUAUAGCCUCAGCAACACACUAGGACAAGGCUCUUACAGCAAGGUGAAAAGUGCCUACUGUGACCGGCUGAAGUGCAAAGUGGCUGUCAAGAUCAUCGACAAGAUGAAAAUUCCUAGGGACUUUUGGGAAAGGUUUCUCCCCAGGGAAAUAGAGGCUUUGAGACGCUUACAUCAUCCCUCAAUCAUCAAAACCUAUGAGAUUUUCGAGACAUCAGUUGGGAAAGUGUACAUCGUGAUGGAGCUGGGGGAAAAUGGAGACCUCCUGGACUACAUCAAGAGUACAGGAGCUAUGAGAGAGGACAUUGCUCGCAUAAAGUUUCAGCAGCUGGCUUCUGCCAUCAAGCAUUGCCACAACUUGAACUUCGCUCACAGGGACCUGAAAUGUGAGAACAUCCUUCUUGAUGAUGGCCUCAAUGUCAAGCUGACAGACUUUGGCUUUUCUAAACCGUUAUCUCAGGAUAAAAACGGGAAAACUAUUCUCAGCAAUACCUUCUGUGGGUCUGCUGCGUAUGCAGCUCCUGAAGUGCUACAGGGCAUUCCUUGUGAUCCCAGGAUUUCUGACAUAUGGAGUCUGGGCGUUGUCCUGUAUAUAAUGGUCUACGCUUUAAUGCCAUUUGAUGACUCCAAUAUCAAGAAAAUGAUUUCUUUUCAGAAACAACACAGGAUUCCCUUCCCCAGCACAAAACACCUGACUGUGGAGUGCAAGGAUCUCAUUAACCGCUUGCUCCAGCCCGAUGUGUCUCAGCGGUUGCGCAUAGAUGAAGUUUUGAAACACUCAUGGUUGCAGACUCCAAAUUCCGUCGAUUCCCCUCUGUCAGCUAUAGAAGAGGGUGAGUGUUCCCAAAACCCGCGUGAAGGAAAGCCAAAGCAAAAGCAUCAAGCCAAAUGCCAGUUGGCAAAAGGGGAAAGAGAGGAGAAGUAA